UACGUUUGACUUCUGGAGCGGAUCAGGAAGAAGUCUGGUGCCCCCUAGUGGAGCCGGAAAUACGUGGUCCAUCAGGCUUCCGCUGACCAACAGCGGGUUGUUGGAGAGAGGAAAUGGAGAACUUCAUCCUUUAUGAGGAGCUUGGCAAAGACGGCAGCUUUGUCGUCUACAAAGGGAGACGAAAGAGCAAUCUCUGCUAUGUUGCCAUCAUCUGCACAGACAAAACCAAGAGACCCGAGAUCACAAACCAUGUACGACUGAGCCAGGAUCUGCAUCAUCCAAAUGUUGUACGCUUCUAUGAAUGGUUUGAGACAAGUAAGCACCUCUGGGUGAUAGUGGAGCUUUGUACAGGCGGUUCUCUGGAGUCUGUAGUCGCUCAUGAUGGAAAUCUGUCAGAAGAUAUUGUGAGGAGAUUUGGUUGGGACUUGGUCAAAGGAUUAAGAUACAUCCAUGAAUUGGGAAUCAUCCUGUCAGAUUUCACCCCUGCAAAGGUUCUUCUAGAUGGUAGCGGCAUUUUGAAGUUUAGUAACUUCUGUCUGGCCAAGGCCGAAAGAGAAACCCUGGUGGAUAUUUUUACAACACUUUCUGCAUCUGAGGAACCAGAGGAAGGAGACAACAAGAACAUGAGAGCAAGAGUACAAGGUUCUUCAACCUACAGCGCUCCAGAGGUGGUGCAGGGAUCAGAAACCAAUAGGAGCUCUGAUCUCUGGGCUCUCGGCUGUAUACUCUACUAUAUGUACACUGGUAAACCUCCUUUCUGGUCUGAUAACCACACUGAACUGACAGAGAUGAUUUUGCAUCAGGAACCGCCACCUCUAAGACAGAAAGUGUUUCUCCCAAAUCCUCCCAGUCAGGAUUUCCAGAGCCUCCUGAAAGGUUUAUUAAAUAAAAACCCAACCAAGAGGAUCAGCUGGUUGGAGCUGGUGGAUCAUCCUUUCUGGACUCAAGUAAAAAUGGAAAAAGAUGAUGCAAAAUAUGAGGAAGCUGAAGAUGUCAAUGGACACAAAAGGACACACAGCCCUUUUCCUGCAGAACACUCAUUCAGUCAACCCAGCAGCCACUCAGCAAUAAACCAGACAGGUUCUAAUGUCUCAAAGAAAUCAACAUCUUCUCAUGCGACAAAUGUAGCCGACAGGCCGUGUGACACGGAAGCUGAAAGCCGACAAUCUGUCACACAUGUGUCUGGUGGAAGGUUAAAUUACAAAAACUCAAAUAAGGAAGUGAGAUGUGGAAAAACAAUGGCGGACCAAGUUGAGACGAGAGAUCUGUCUCAACCAAAGCAGGGAGAUCGACAGCCCACUAAACCAUAUAUGUCAGGUAACGUUCUAGAGCUGAAACCAAAGAACGGGGUGGAUCAAGACAACACUGAUACAAUCUUUCUACUUAGCAACUCAAGAACCCAAUGCAGUAUCGCAGACCCAUCAAACCACAACUCUGAGCUUGAGAUUGUCACCGAUACUGACAUUGCAAGCUGUGUGAAGCGGCUUCUACACACCGAGUUUGACCUGAGUGUCACCCGAAUCAUCGACAAUCCAAAGAUACUUAAGAUUACUCCUGUACGAUUUGAUCCCAAAAACCUCUGUGUACCAGCAUAUUCAGUGGAGAAGCUGCUUUCUCUGAGUGAUGAUGAGUGGUCUGGUUUUCUGCUACAACUUCAUUCAUGCUUUGAAGAAAAGAAGCCGUCCACGCCACUCCCCUCCUCUUCUGCUCUUCCUCAGUCUACAGCUGUUCGAUCUAGACUCAACCUGCUGUGCUACCUCUGCUGUAUAGCUGGCCACACAGUUAUUGCUGAUAGGCUGAUUAACUCAACACUGCUUUCUGUAUUGACCCAGCAGUUACGGCAAGCUCCAAACUGGGAUUUACGAAGCAAGAUCCUCAGAACGAUGGGUCUUCUAGCUCUGUACUGUAGUCGUCUUGAAGAGGACUGCCACGUUUCUGAGGCUGUGUCAACUCUAACAGACCUGUUGCGGGAUAAUCUCAGGAACAAUAAACUGAAACAGUUCCUGCUGCCACCACUAGGGGAGUUUCUCUACAUGAUGUCUUCUGAGGAGGAGAAGAGAGGCUCCCCAGAGGGACUGUGGUUCGUUCCUGCUGCCGCCUACACUGGCUUAAUGAGGAGCCUGCGGGAAGGGGAUGAUGCCGUGGUUCAUCAUAUGGCUGCAAAAGCUGUAGAAAACGUCUCUUCGACCAUCUCUGGUCUCUCUCGUCACCUGGCUACCACAGAGAUGGGCUCCGCUUUGUGGUACCUGUUCAGUCACUCGACGGCGGAGGCCGUCAGAGUCACUGCCAUCUCUUCUCUUUCAAGGCUAACCCGGCUGGACCCAGCAGUCUUCUUGUCGGUGAUUGACACCUGUGGCCCCGCAGCCGUCUUGGAGGGCAUAGGUGGAGCAGGGUCCAGGGUGCAGCAGCACCUGCUCACUGCUGCGGCCUCUGCCCUCCUCGCCUCACACAUCCACAAACAUCGGAUCACACAGAGCCGGGAUUUGGUUCUGAAAGUGCUGCGUUGCUUGGAGAGCCCAUCUGCUGUGACAAGAGCCAAAGCAUUACUGCUGUUACUGCUGCUAACACAGGACAACACACAAAUGCUGCUCUACUGCUGUCAGCACAGACUUGUGAUGUACCUGGAGAGAGACCUGCGGAAAGCCACUCCUGUCAGAGACAACCCCAGCCAAUCAGGAUACCUCUGUCAGUGUCUGGAUUUACUGCUGCUGCAUUUUAGUCGAGCUGCACCGGUGAUAAUGGAGGAUGUCUUGUCUGCACUGAGAGAUGUGAUUGGGAGGAAACACCCAUCUGCAGCUCAGAGUAAACAGCUUAAACAGACUUUGCCAACGUUGUCUGUAGUUCUAGAGCUCCUUUCAUCUCAGGUCUUUAGAGCUCGAAUUGUAACCCAGGAGUUUCUGGUUCAAAUUGGAUUGCUGCUUAACUACGUUAUUUCUGUGGAGUCCAAUGAAACUAACCUGUCCAGUGGUGUCGGUGUUGCAAUAUGCGAAGAGCUGAUUAGAACAUCUCUGUCCAUUGUGGAGGUCCUGAGUCAGCACCAUACUCUAGUCACUCAGUAUCAUUGUGCUGUUGUGGAUGCUGUCCUACCUCCUCUGACAACUCUGGCUUUCAGCAGAAAUGUGGAGUGGUCGGUGUUUGUUUUGAAGGUGCUGUCUGAACUCAGCCUGGUUAUGCUCGUCCAAAAAGAUGAUGAAAAUGCUGAUGAAAAUGAGGACAAAGUAGAGGGAAAGAGAGACAGGAGAGAGACAGAAGGAGGAGCAACUGAAAGAAGUGGAGAUGGAAGAUCCAGCAGCCAAGUCUUAUCUGUCUUCACCAAAUCUCUGCUUUCAAGGUUCGAAGUUCUUCUUUGUGCGGCAGAACCUAUCCCGCUCUACGCACUCAAGUUGCUGGUAUCAAUGACUGAACACAGCACUCAGAUCUGCAGGUUGAUCAAACAGGGCAGGAUCCUCCCAGUUGUCCUUCAGCUCAUUAUGGCCAGCAGUGUCACCAGUGGAACAGUCCAGAGUGCAGUCGUCCUGCUGUGUAAUCUCAGCGGAGACACGGUGAAGAGUCACCAACAGCAACAUCAGCAAGAGCUGGUGGAGGUGUUGGUGAGCACUCUCUCGGAAGCUGCGCAGGUUUACCUUGAUGGAGAAAAGCAUGCUGGAAGGAAAAUCAGCCUGGUUGUUCUGCAAGCUCUUCUGGAACUGCUGCACAACGUCCUAAAGCAAACAUCAGGUGUUGUGCGAACUGCACUGCAGAGCCAGAGGCUAUCUUGUUCAGCAGCAGAAACGGAGGCAGCAGAGAAACUGCUCGUAGCCAACAGACCCUUGAGCCAACUCAGCACUCACCUCAUUCACAUGCUGUCCACUGAAAACCAGGAAGUGUGGGAGGAAUCCAUUCAGUGUCUGUCCUUACUGGUACAGUUGUACGGCGGAGAAGGUCAGGACUGCUUGUCGCCUUCGUGUUUACAGAGCUUCUCCCAUCUCCUGCGCGCUCACGUGAACUCCGAGAACCCCCGAGUCCAACGCACGGCUCUGAGGAUCAUUAAACGGCUGAUACAAACUACAGACCAGUGUGGUUGGCUGGAAUGUCCUGAAGGAACGGGCCUGACCAGUCUGCUUCAGGAUAUUGCCGAGUCCAACAGGUGUCCUGCUGAUGUGGCUACACGGGCUGCAGAAAUCCUCCAGGAGCUCUCUGGGUCCUAGACGUUUUUCCAUCGUUCAACCUUCGGUGACCCCCGAGUGACCCCAACAGUAACGGCAUUUUACUGUUUCUAAAUCCAGUGCUGAUUGCACACUCAGAACGUUUUUUUUUUUGUUUUGGGACUAAAACAUCCUCAGAAAGUAGGAUUUUUGUUUCGCUGGUACUUGAAAACCAAUCAGAUUCCAACAUAGACAUUCGGUUGGAUUUGACGUUUUGCUUGUUUUAAUAAAUUUGUUUUAAUAAUUUGA